CAAAAACAGAAGUAGAUGUAGACUUUUCCCACAUAACUUUACUAAAGCAUGUGACUAAUUCAAACCCUAGAGCUGUUGGAAGAAAAUGGUUAAAACAUUUGUUUUUUUAUUGGUGUUGCUGUUUUUAUCCUUUUGCUGUCUGAUUGGUGUGUUUGGUCUGGAUGCAGUAGAGUCAGUGUCAGUAUUAGAGGGAGAUUCUGUCACUCUACCUAGUAAUGUCACCGGAAUGCAGACGAAUGAUGCUGAGAUAAUGUGGACAUUUGGAACUAACAGGAGUGUAAUAGCUAAAAUCAGUAAAAAGACCAGUAACACUAAAGAUGGUCCUGAUGGGAUAUUCAAAGACAGACUGAAACUGGAUAAACAAACUGGAUCUCUGACCAUCACAAACACCACAACUAAACAUGAAGGAGUUUAUGAAGUUGAGAUCAGCAGAAUAAAAUCAUAUACUAAAAUCAGAUUCAGUAUUACUGUCUAUGCCGCUACACCAGACCUGCACACUCCCCCAAAACCAACUUCAGAUUCCCCUUCAGGUUCUCCAAACUUUCUGAUAGUGCUGAUUUCUGCUGCUGCUGGAUUUAUGUUGCUUGCUGUUGGGAUCUUCUGCAUCUGCAGGAAACAAAGAAAAACUGAUCAACAUGUUGAGACCCCUGAAGAAGAGAUCACUUAUGCUGAUUCUGCAUUUUACAAAAGAAAUCCAGAGAAACAGCUCUACAGUGUGGUCUACUUCUCUUUGCACCCUGGGAAGGGCAAUGCUGUCACAGGGCAGUUUUUUUUGGGAAUAAACAUACUGCCAGACAGGGAGUGAGCAGAAGAUCAGGACGUUGGUGCAGAGUGAUGGCCAUCAGCCCUGCAUGUCAACAGUUUCAUUCAGUCCAAAAUUAUGUUUAAAUGGAGAACUUCACAGAGAGGGUCAGUGGCCUAUUUGCCACCACCAACAUGUCCCUGCAUUUAGGAGUGAUGGUUAUUAGACACUUGUUGUUGUUUUUGCUAAUUUUAAGAUAGUUUAAUUUUUAGAUAGUUUUAAGAUAAAUUACGUUCUCUCUUAGGACAUUGAUUUCCAAUCCAGCCCUCAAGAUAUUUGUUUUAUUUAUAUUCUUGCACACUUUAAAUGUUUUCAUGGCUGUAAACUG